AUGAAUGAUAUUGACUUAACUAGUUAUGAUAGUACAACAUUCCAUCAACUUGUUGUAUUUGAUGAGUAUAAUGAAUUUAGAUCAGCUGUAGACAUACUUAAUAAUUUGUGUGAUAAUUCACUUUCUUAUCAUGACAUUCUUAGAUCAAAACGCUCUGCAGAUCAUAUUUUUGCCUUUUAUCUUACAGUUCAAUUAUCAACAUUGAUCUUUGAUUGUUAUUCAUAUAAUACAAUUGCUAAUUGGAUCAAAAAAAGACGAAAACUAGAUUCGGAUAAUUUUGAACAUCGUCUCAUCAACCUUAGUAGUGAUCUGGCAACCUCAAAACUCAAAG